GGAGCAAACUGCGUCGUGACAAGAAGAACCUGAAAAAAAAAAAUGUACCCGGUUGACCAUCACUACGAGGGCUUCUCGACCUGGCUGCAGUGGGUUAUCCACCGUGGUGGUUCGAGGACGACCCUGAUCUUGGGGGUGAUGGUGGGGAGUUUGGUCGGGUAUAUAAACCCGACCAACGCCCUUGAGGUCAAAGACUACGUUUUUUUGCUGGCUGCCGGGCAUCUACCUCCGGAGCUCAUAGAGGCCCGGUGGUUUUAUGAGGGUGCCCUGAUGACUUCCGGGGAUUUCGAGGUGGUGAUGGCGCCGAACCGUGAACAGAUCGAGAUCCUCUCGGUCUGCCUCAUGGAGACGGCGGAGGGCCUCUUGAGAGAUUGGACGCGGGCCUUGAUGGAGAUAGAUUGAUUCCAGGGAGGAUGAAAAGGAUGAUAGUAUAAAUAAAAAAUGAAGAAUGUAUUUAGAUUAUGUGUAG